GCAGGAAAGAUGUCCUGUCUGUAAAUCAUCUCAAUGAAACACAUGUCCACAGUGUAAUUUGCCUGCCUGGAGCGAUUUUUAUUUCUUCUCAUUGAAUCUGCUAAAAGACUUUAUACAUUUCUUAAAGCUCCAAAUGUCAGGCUUACAGAUUGUGGCUUUUCUCAGUGGCCUGGCCGGGCUGGGCGCCACUAUUGGUGCCACGGUGUCCAAUGAAUGGAGGGCCACUAGCCGAGCAUCCUCAGUCAUCACAGCAACCUGGGUGCUCCAGGGUCUGUGGAACAACUGUGCUGGAAAUGCCAUAGGAGCUCUGCACUGCAGACCACAUCAUACUAUCCUGAAGCUGGAAGGCUACAUCCAGGCAUGCAGAGGACUGAUGAUCGCAGCCAUCUGUCUGGGGUUUUUUGGCUCUAUAUUCGCUCUUGUUGGAAUGAAAUGCACCAAAAUUGGAGGAACUGACAAAAACAAAGCUCGGAUUGCCUGCUUUGCUGGUGUAAAUUUCAUUCUUAGUGGUCUGUGCUCACUCUCAGCGUGCUCCCUGUACGCACACCGGAUAACAUCAGAGUUCUUUGAUCCAAUGUUUGUGGCACAGAAGUAUGAACUGGGUGCCGCUCUCUUUAUCGGCUGGGCAGGUUCAAUCCUCUGUAUCCUCGGUGGCAGCACGCUCUGCUUCUCCAUCUCAGGUUCUUUUACCAAAAGCCACAGUCAGGCAAACUAUAUUUACAGAGGUGCCGCCUCACAUUCUCAUAUCUCCUUCAACCCAAGAGGGCAGGCAAAGUCUGUAAACCAUGGGCCGCCUCCAGACUACAGCAACUCAUCCAGGAUUCAGCACUUUGAUAAGAAUGCAUAUGUGUGAGGGAUGUGAAUAUGAAACACUUUUAGUCAAAGCCACUGAAAGAUAUACUGUAUACUAAGUCUAAACGAUACAGAACACUGUGUGAACAUUUGCAGAUAUUGAGUUGUGGCUCACAAGGAAUUAGGUUCAAAAUAUUAACAUGUUUCUUCCAAGGGUACGAAUUUAAAGUUAUAGCAUACAGUUUACUCUCUGAUCUUGGGAAAUGUGUAUUUUAUAUAUUUUACUGUGCAUUGAAUGUUAGCAUUAUGUAUGUAUUAUAAUUAAACAGCCAAAUAAAAAAAAACAUUGGUUCAAAAUGGGCCUUUCUGAUCUAAUUUUCUGUAUAUAUUUUUUUUAGAUGUGUAAUAUUUUGUAAGACAUUUCCUUUGUUGGUUGUAUCUUUAACUGUAAGUAACCUGCACAUGUUGUUAAUCUGUAAUGACAAUAUUUAAAACUGUGUUAAACACAGAUUCUCCUAUUUCCAUGACAUAACCAUUAACUUUGAUUUUGUAAUAAGCAAACUGGAAGGCGGUCUAAAGAAGGGCUGCAUCUCUUUUUGUCUCUGUAAGAAGUGAAAUGUGAGGCUCCAUUUUUAAGCAGUAUGACUAAAA